AAAAGAACAAAGUCCGAACUCCAAAUCCUUGUUAGAUUGUUCCCCAGAUCAUUGUCGUUUCUAUUUGCCAUCACUUAGGAACUCACUUCACUUUGGUCUGUCUGUACAAACUGAGAAGUUAAACCCAAAGCUUAAACCCAAAACCCGCAAAAACCCUCUCUCAAGACUAUGUAUUCUUCAAAUCUACCAACUUGGAUCUCAUCAAAACCUUCAAAUUCCAACCAAAAUGUACUUUUUCAUCAAUUUAACCAAAACACAUUUCUCCAAUUCCCUCAAAUAUUACCCCUCAAAAGCCUCUCUCUAUCUCCUUCACAUUUGGCUCCAGUUCAAAGCAGUCUUCGUGAGCUCCGAGAGCGGAUUGCAACAGUCAAAAACACUCAAAAAAUCACUGAAGCAAUGAAGCUGGUGGCAGCUGCAAAGGUGAGGAGAGCUCAAGAAGCUGUCAUCAAUGGUAGGCCUUUUACUGAGGCUUUAGUUGAGUUCCUUUACACCAUUAGUGAAAAUUUACAAUGUGAAGAUAUUGAUUGUCCUUUAACUGUUAUUAGGCCUGUAAGGAAAGUAGCUCUCGUUGUUGUAACUGGUGAUAGGGGUCUUUGUGGUAGUUUCAACAAUGCAGUGAUUAAAAAGGCUGAGUCCCGGAUUGUGGAAUUGAAAGGUCUUGGAUUGGAUUAUACUGUUAUCAGUGUAGGGAAAAAGGGUAAUUCUUAUUUUAGGCGUAGGGAUCAUGUUUCGGUUGAUAGGUUUGUUGAAGGAGGAGGGUUUCCUACGGCGAAAGAGGCUCAAAUAAUUGCUGAUGAUGUUUUUUCAUUAUUUGUUACUGAAGAGGCUGAUAAGGUUGAGCUUUUAUAUACAAAGUUUGUAUCUUUGGUGAAGUCAGAUCCAGUAAUCCGUACUUUGCUUCCACUGUCAGUGGAAGGAAAGGUUUUUGAUGUGAAUGGGACUUGUGUUGAUGCUAUGGAGGAUGAGUUGUUUAGGUUGACAACCAAGAGAGGGAAGCUGGUUGUGGAGAGGGAUAGGGUGAGGAUGGAAGGAGGGGGAAUUUCACCUCUUAUGCAGUUUGAGCAAGAUCCAGUUCAGAUUCUGGAUGCCAUGAUGCCUCUCUAUUUGAAUAGUCAGAUCUUGAGGGCAUUGCAGGAAUCAUUGGCGAGUGAGCUGGCAGCUAGAAUGAAUGCAAUGAGUAAUGCUACUGAUAAUGCAGUUGAGUUGAGGAAGAAUCUUUCCAUUGUUUAUAAUCGGGAACGGCAGGCAAAAGUCACUGGUGAGAUUUUGGAGAUUGUUGCUGGAGCUGAGGCACUUACAUAGUCUCAUAGUUUGACCAUCUUUUUCUCUUUCUUUCUUCUUAUUCAUUUCUCCUUUCUCCAAUAUCCUUCUGUUGGUGAAAAUAUUGUGAUUUGCUAAAUAUGCUGGCAAUGAAGUGCUUAGUUUUAUAUACCACAGCAUGUAACUUGAGCUUCUUAUUUUGGGAACUGAAUAAAGAGAAAUUUUUGUUCAA